AUGACCUGGCAAGGUGAACUAUCAUCAUUGAUGUUGCCUCCUCGACUGAAGACGGCCGAUGCACCGGCUGUCGGCCAAAAGGCACCCUCAUUGCCCAGCUUAGAGAGAUCCGUACAGAAUGGCAAGCCAAUCAUCAUCACUUUCCUUAGGCACUGCGGCUGUCCUUUCGCCGAGAAGACUUUCCUCGACUUGCGUGCCAUUGCACCUACUCAUCUGGAUAUUCAUUUCGUGGCGGUUUCUCACAGCGACCAAGAAUCUACAGACAAAUGGCUUGCUUCGCUGCCCGACCCUUCGCAAAACGUACAGCCCAAUCUCCAUGUCAUUGUUGAUGCGGAGCGUGAGACGUACGCUGCGUGGGGCUUGGGUACGUCGGGCGUCUGGCACAUGGUGGCGAGCAUGCCCAGCGUUCUGAAACUGGCCAAAGAGGGCAUCAAAGUCAGGCCGACUGAGAGUGGCAGCAGGUGGCAGACCGCCGGUAACUUUGCUAUAGAUGCUGAGGGUAUAGUGAGGUGGUCUCGGAAAAAUGAGCGUGCAGAUGAUAUGCCGGACUUCAAGGAGGGGCUUGAAGCGCUGCUGAAAGAUGGAGGCGAGUGA